GCGCUCAUCUCAAUGUUAGUGCGUAAGGUCGUUGAUCUGGUCGUACAAGGUGGAUUUUUGUCGCGCGUGGUGCCGCAUAAUCGAUAGAUCGUACUGAGUGUUUUAUUUUUCAACGCUUAAAUAUUUUAUAUAUUUUAUAAGAUAAUAUGCACCGUAAAAGUGAUUUAUCGUCACCGAAUCCGCGUGAGUCUAUCGAGUGACACACUCCAGUUACAGAUGUGGUUUUUCGUGUUAUCAAUGUUCAAGUGAUUCGUCAUCGUCCGUAUCGUUAUCGUAUUUCCAGUAACUGCUAACGAUGUUGUACUGGGAUUUCACAUCGUAGAAACAACGUUACCACGAGAAUCGGGAAAACUGGUAUGUGGUUCGAAGAGUACAUUACAAUACUGUGUCGUUUUCAAUAAAUAUAAAGUUCAUAUGAGUGGUACCCAUGAGUGGCGUAGAAGUAAUACCGGCCGUUGGAGCGAUAGCUGGAGCCGCGUCACAGGUAGCCUGGUUUUUACCAGUCCUGGUCGCCGCUAUAGCCUAUUUCCACUACGAGGUGACCGAUCCCGAGUCGAGGAUCAUAGAUCAGCCCGGCGACUUGAUACUCGGCGAAUACGAUUUCAUUAUAGUCGGCGCGGGAUCAGCAGGUGCGGUACUUGCGAACAGAUUGACUGAAGUUGAAGAUUGGAGUGUACUGUUAAUAGAAGCCGGUGGAGAUGAAACUGAACUAUCCGACGUACCUUUAUUGGCUGCUUACUUACAACUUACCCAGCUUGAUUGGCAGUAUAAAUCCGAACCCCAGGAUACAGCGUGUUUGGCGAUGAAAGACGAACGGUGCAACUGGCCGCGGGGCAAAGUGUUGGGUGGUUCGAGCGUGUUGAACUACAUGAUGUACGUGCGCGGGAACCGGAUGGACUACGACAGCUGGCUGAAGCAGGGCAACCCGGGCUGGGGCUAUGACGACGUACUGUAUUAUUUCAAAAAGUCGGAGGACAACCGGAACCCGUACCUGGCGCGGACCGCGUACCACUCGAUGGGCGGCUACCUGACGGUGUCUGAGGCGCCGUACAAGACGCCGCUGGCGGACGCAUUCGUAAGGGCCGGCCAGGAGAUGGGCUACGAGAUCCGCGACAUCAACGGCGAGCGGCAGACGGGCUUCAUGAUACCGCAGGGCACGAUCAGGCGGGGCGCACGUUGCAGUACGGCCAAGGCGUUCCUGCGGCCCGCGCGACUCCGGAAAAACUUGCACGUUUCAAUCAACGCGCAAGUGACCCGCGUGGCCAUCGACCCGGAGACCAAGGUUGCGUACGGCGUCGAGCUAGUCAAGGGCGAUACGCGAUACUUUGUGCGGGCCAACAAGGAGGUCGUGCUGUCCGCCGGCUCCAUUGGCUCCGCGCAGCUGCUCAUGCUCUCCGGCAUCGGGCCUAAGAGCCACCUGACCGAGAUGGGCAUACCCGUGUUGGCCGAUCUGGACGUCGGCAAGAAUCUGCAGGACCACGUCGGACUAGGAGGACUCGCGUUCCUCAUAAACAAACAGGUGUCACUGAUGCAAGAAAGAAUCGAAAACGUUCAGACGGUUCUGAACUAUGCGACGAUGGGCGACGGACCGUUGACGGUCAUGGGUGGGGUCGAAGGAUUAGCGUUUAUCAACACCAAGUACGCCAAUCACUCGGUAGACCAACCUGACAUCGAGUUACACUUCGUGUCAGGCUCCACUAAUUCCGAUGGAGGUGUACAACUGUGGAAAGCGCACGGGCUUAAAGAAGAUUUCUACAAAUCGGUGUACGAACCAAUUAACAAUAAAGACGUCUGGUCUGCUAUACCCAUGUUGCUGAGACCCAAAAGUCGCGGUGAAAUACUGUUGCGAAGCUCCGAUCCGUUUACGUAUCCCAGAAUCAUCCCGAACUAUCUCACGGAACAGCAGGACAUCGACACAUUGGUGGAGGGCGUCAAGUUCGUAGUGGCUAUGUCCCGAACAGCGCCUUUCCGCCGAUACGGCAGCCGAUUGCAUAACAUUCCGUUCCCGGGGUGCGUGACCGUGCCGAAGCACACGGACGCUUACUGGGAAUGUAUGGUCCGGCAUUACACAGUGACCAUUUACCAUCCGGUGGGCACGGCUAAGAUGGGCCCCAAGUGGGACAAGACUGCUGUAGUCGACCCGCAACUGAGAGUGUACGGUAUCAGGGGACUUCGGGUGGUAGACGCGUCAAUCAUGCCCACGUUGGUCAGCGCCAACACAAACGCUCCGGUUAUAAUGAUUGCCGAGAAGGCGGCUGACAUGAUCAAAGAAAAAUGGCUCAAAAAGAGAUGAUUACAAUGAUGAUAUUUAUAUUUAUAUUGUUAUUGCAAUAAUAUCAGCUGAUCACGAAACGUAUCGUUGAACUAACAUGUAGCGAUGGCCCGGCGAUCUUUGAAUUUCGCAGGAGUGAAAUGUCAUUUUCAUCACCUCAUUGUUAUUUGUUUUAUCAAUGCGUAUAAUAAUUUUUUAUUAUAAUAAACCUAUACGGAUGUUCGUAGGCAGGACGUCUUCUUACUAGUAGAGAGUUCGCCUUAAGCACCGACGGCCGACAUUAGCACUCUUUUUUUAGAAUCCAUCACAUUUCUUAUCAUUCGUAUUCGUAUUCUAUCAAAAGCAAUAGUUUUAAAAUAAGAGAUUCUUAAAAAUAAAUGUUAACAUGAUUCGUCCACAAAAUACUAGUGAAUAAAUCUUCUGUUAGGUUACACCAUGGAGCAUAAAUGGACUGGCCAGGGAGGUAAAGGAGCGAUCGCCUCCUGAGCCCUCAAUAGUGUCAUAUUAAUUACCCGUAUAUAAAAUGUAAUGGUAAAACACCAAACAUUUACUAUUAGAAUAUCCGAAUUUGGAUGAAUUGAGCACAAUUAACUAAAAAUAUUUAUUAAUUAAAAUUUAAAGUAGGUCCAGUUUAGUAUCCACCCUUCCGGACCUCUCGAUCCCAGUCCACCCCUGCCACGGAGUAUACAGAGGAAAUUCUGUCGACGAAUGGUUUUUUUUUAUUAUCGUCUGUUACACGGAGUAAGUACUCACUCUAUCGGAGUAUUCGUUUAAACGUGUAAAGUGUAAACGUGUAAGGUCAUACGACCGUGAAAUCUCGUUUUUUUUUUUUAAAUAUUCGUCAUAGACAGGUUUUCGUUGUUGAAAAAUGUCGAUGCAAAGAAUUUUCGAUGUUUAAAAUAAGCUACCGUCUAUCAUGUACGCUGGCUAUAAAAAUCUGAAGAUGGCCUACAACUCCUGCAAAACUUUGUUCGCUACGUCAUUGUGAUUUAUCAAUAAUUGUUUAUAAUAUUAUGCAGUAUUAUCGUGACAAUUACCUUUACUAAAUUUAAAUUGAUUGUGUUAGACUAUAUUAAAUAUUGUGUUAUUUAUUUGUAUAUAAAAAAACCAUUGUUUUAUGAAAGUUAUAAUUUAUUGAAUUUGUAAUAUAUUUGUUUCAACUUCCUACUUAAUCAAUUCGAAUCAAGUCCUCAUUAUAUUGUAUACUAUAAUAUAAUAAAUAAUUUAACGUCUCAUCAUGUGUAUAAAAAAAUAUUAGUUAUGUCGAUGCUGACGGUGAAUUUGGAAGUAGUUUAACGAGUAUUGAUAUUUAUUUGAACGUUCAGUUAUUAAAAUAUAAUAAUGGUAUAACGUUUAUUUCAUCAUUGACUAAGGGAAAAUGAAUGUACGCACAUUGCACUUCAAACGAAUUAGAAAUUACUAAUUAAUAAUCUAUGAAGUAUAACAAGUUCUAUAUUACUAUUAUUAAAUAAGAGUUAUUAUUGAUGCAUAAAAAUAAUACAUAUUACAUAUUAUUUGUUACAGUUUCUUACGAAAACAAUAACUAUGAAUGCGGUUAAGAUUUAAGUGCUCCGUGUACACACUUGUGUUCAUUGAAUUGCCUAUACGCUAAUACUAUAAAGUUCAUAUAUAUUUAUUUUUAUUUUUUCAAAACCAUUUUGUAUAAUUAUUUACAGUCUGUAAUAGGAUGUACAAUAAGUAAUAUUAUUAGCUAUAUUAUGUAAAAUUACGGUGACUGACUUGAAGGCGCUUCACAUUAGAAACACCUUAACAUAUGUGCUUAAUUUAAUAGAGGGAUAUAUGUUCAGACUAUAAAA